AAAAGGCUAGUGAAGCAGAAAUUACAAUUUACGAUAAGCCCAAUGAGAACCUAGUACCUAUCGGUCUCAUGUGGAUCAAAAUUUCUGAUAUUGCUGAGGAACUUCGGAAAAAAAAGAUUGAAGCGGAAAGCGGAGGAUGGGUUACCGCUACCAAUGCUCAAUUUGAUAUGCAGUCAUUUCCACAGGGUGAACCAUACGGUGUUCCAUAUUCUUCGGCUCAAGCUCAACAAGGCGUUGGAACCAAUGUCACGCAAGAUGGCAUUGAAGCUUGGUUCGAAGUUGAACCAGUUGGUCAAAUUUUACUCAAGUUAAACUUUGUUAAAGAGAAUGCACGAACACGUCCUGUGGAUGCCGGUCUCGGUCGGCAAAAAGCUUUCCGUAAACGCAAAGGAGAAGUGCACGAACAGAAUGGACACAAGUUUCUUCAACAAAUAUUCUAUCAGAUUAUGAAAUGUGCUUACUGUGAAGAAUUAUUUGUGAAUGAGGGAUUCCGAUGUGAAGAUUGUAAAUUAACAUGCCAUAGAAAAUGUUACACCAAAGUUGUCACGAAAUGUAUUACCAUGUCAAAUUCUGAAAUGGAUUCAGAUUACAAACAACUUAAUCACCGUAUUCCACAUCGCUUUGAAACGAUCAAUAAUCUCACUGCAAAUUGGUGCU